CACAACUACUAAGCCGUUUUCCUAAAUGAAAAACUCAUGUUCUCGCUAAUAACACCAACAAUAAUAGACAGUAACUAUUGUUCUGAGCUUGUUUUGGGAGGCAUGGCUGCUGGUCCUAGGACUCCAUCUGAUUCAUCUUGUUGUACAGAUAUCACUGAUCCUCUCUAUAAAGAGCUCUGGCAUGCCUGUGCUGGCCCCUGUGUUACCAUGCCAAGGAUUGGAGAGCGGGUGUUUUACUUCCCGCAGGGUCAUAUAGAGCAGAUUGAAGCAUCAAUAACCAAAUACCUAGACAUCAAUAACCAGGAAGCUGAACAACAGGUGCCUUUGUAUGACCUGCCCUCCAAAAUUCUUUGCCGGGUGACGAAUGUGUUGCUGCAGGCUGAACCAGACACCGAUGAACUGUUUGCUCAUAUUACCUUGGUUCCGGAGACAGAGGUAUGCUCUACAAUCCUUCUUAUGCUAUUAUAG